CACGCUUGCACAAGCAUCCAAAGCUCGCAGGCCCUGUCCCUCCAACCUCACCAUCCUCUUCAAGAUGACAUAGGGUGCAAAGCCCAAGGAUUCUCGCCCCAGACCGUCUAGCAGAAGUUUGCCCAGACCAGGGAUACAUUCUCUAUGGAUCUUGAUAAACCCGAACGUACAGGCUUGUUUGCCUUGUUGUUUUGUUCCCAGUGGAUGAUAAGAGAAGGCGCAUGGAACAUCGCCAUGAACAGCCUCCUCCAAGGUCCAAACACACGCAAGGAGGCAAACGCAAACAACGUCAAGAUAGCCACAAGCCUCGUUUGCGCCGCAGCCGCAGCCCCAGCCGCCAUCGCUACAAUACUCCCGCCCCUCGCAGCCAAAGCCACAGCCGCCAUCACCACAAGACCCCUGCCCCCCGCAGCCGAUGAUGCACCCGCAGCCGCCAUCACAGGACUCCUGUCCCUCGCAGCCAGAGCCGCAGGCACAGUCGUCAUCGCCGUUUAACCCCCACAUCUUGCAACUACAGCCGCAGCCGUGGGCACGGCCGGCAGAAAACGAAUCAAGACACAGAUAAGAGAGAGAGGGAGAAGGACCAGAGAGGGAAGAGCAGAGGUGGUGAUUGCGAACGAUAGGAGGACCAGGUCAGA